AUGUUGCCAAAAUCCUUACCAACGGUGCUUUGCUUUAGGUUCACCCGGACCUCCGUGCCUCUGCAGAACAAGGAUGUGCUGGGAGGUCGUCUCCUUCACUUUCUCGACGUGACACAUCUGGUGGCCCAUCGCCUCCGACUCUCCCCCUACAACACCAGUCGUGCAGCAUCUCCGCACAGUAUCCCUCCCGGCCGACAGGCCACACAAACCCCGGUUGCUCGUCUCCUCUCGAUAUCGGCGGAUCUGCCUUUCAAUCCUGCCUUCGCUGAUGGCGGGAGCCCAACCGGGACUCUUCAUCUACCGCGAGUCUGGCUUUUAGGCCUACGGCCGGGCCGGAUACGCCUACAACUAGAUCCAAUUACUGUUGACGCCGGCCGGCUAGAGACGUCGCCCAUCAAACAGGUUCGGGACGGAGACAAGGAGGGUGGCAGCAUCAGCGACAGCGGCGGAAUUAGUGAAGCCUUCAACAAAAGGCCUCGGAAUGUAGCAGUCGGCUCAUUCACUUCUGUCUCCUCCGGUCAUCCAUUAGCUCGACCUGCCCUCGCCAAUACGGCCUCGACUGUCGGUAAAUCGGGAAACGGUACCAUGAAGCCCAGUCGCCGUUUGAAUAGACUCUUCAGUCUUUGCAUUCGCAUGGCUGGACCCGUCACGGACGCUGGAAGCGAAGGAAGACGCUCGACGCGGCUCGGCCAGCCCCGGGCUCACCGCCCUCUUGCAGUUGGACCGGCCAUAUUUCCCAUCGGUUUGAUAGCGCAACUUGUGACAGGUGAGAUUAUCUUUAUAAGACAGCCAGAAUUAUGUUGA